CUGAUAAUAGCUGUAUCGCAAACGUCUUCCGGAGUAACACGAUACAUUUUGUAAAAGUAUGCAUCACGUUAUUUAAUACGUAAUAUUGCAUAAGAUAAUAGAAGAUCAUCACUGCGACUGGAGUAUAUAUAUGUAGGAUAUUUCAAAGGCAUGCCAUUACUUCAUAAAACAGUGGGGAACUGAACACCUAUUCAAAGUGAUAACGUAGAUAUAAAAUUAAAAUUUUGUUAAGAAAAAUGGCUGAAAUACUGGAUGAGAAACAAGUAUACACAUGACUUCUAAGGAAGCAAGAACUAGAAAAGGUCGUUUAUAUAGUUCAGUUAGUUGUAAAAAUAACUUGGCCUUAAUUACUGUGAUAAGCGGAAGGAUUUCAGCCACUAAAGGGAAAAUCAGGGACACUCUAAGAUGUUUUGGCAAUCUGUCUUCCUCGCAAGCUUCGUGGUGUUGCAUUGCCCAACUAUUGAAGGAAGAACAAUAGGAAAUUACGUCACAAACUCUCAAUCAGAAACAGACUCAGAUAAUCUCGGUCUAUUAUUGCGGGCAAUACGACUCUUGCAAGAUAACCAAGAAAAACAAGAUAGCCAGCAAAGUUCAGAUAUUUUUGAGACAGGGGUGCAGAACGCAGACGAACAAAUUGACCUAGGCAAACGUUGUCACCCUUCACUUCAUAAACCAUGCAAACGCACAGAUGAUACAAGCCUUAGAGAAAAUAAGAUAGAUGCAGUACCAACAUUAAACGAUCGUACAGAAAAGUUGCUACUCGUGAGGCUUCUUGCUGAUUACAUCCAGGAAAAUUCUAGGACUUUCUAGAUUCAGCUCAGUUCGAUUGUUCAGCAGUUGAACCAUGAAGCAAAUAGAGUCAUGUGAUUCGGAUUUAAGGAGAAAUUAAUGAGAUACAUUUAUUAAAACAACAAAUAGACAUGAACCUAUUCUAAUUCAUCUAGAAGUUAUGCGGACAUUUUACUAAGUGAUUUCUGCUUUAAUGGAUAUUUACUCGAUUACAACGAUUAGAAUUGCUAACACGCUACUUUUAACAGUUAUACAAAAACUAUGACUUUUGUGUCGUCAUCUGCGGCAGUAUAACUAACAAUUUAGUGAAACGUCUAGGUGUUAAAUACAAGCUUUUUAUUAGAUGAGUAGCGCCUGCUGUAAACAUUAGGAUUUUUGUUCUAACCCGAAAAGAAUAUGAGUUUUUAAUUUGAAGGCAAAUGUUAUGUAAUGAAUACAAUGAAAACUAAAAAUACGGUUUCACGCGGUCCUAACUUCGACC